AUGCGCAUAAUCGGUCGCCAUGUGACGCCUCCAGCUACAACACUGUCGACCAGUCUUUUCGCUGCACCACUACUAGAAUGGCUGAGGGGCAUUCUGCUAGUCGUGCUGAUUGCCAGUCUGGCCUCGGCAGCCGUUGUGCAGGCUCAAACACCCGGUCAGAUCAAGGCGCUGAGGAAGGAGGCUGAGGACCUCUUCUAUCAUGGCUUUGAGAAUUACAUGACCUAUGCUUUUCCAGAAGACGAGCUGCGGCCGAUAUCUUGCAAGCCCCUUACACGCGACAGCGACAAUCCUACCCACAUCGAAGUUAAUGACCCUCUGGGCAAUUAUUCCUUGACACUCAUCGAUAGUCUUUCAACACUCGCUAUUUUGGCCUCGAACCCGUCAAACCCUAGGCAAAAUAAACCUCUCCGACUCUUCCAAGACGGUGUGAGAGAUUUGGUUGCGCAGUAUGGCGAUGGUUCUGAUGGUUGGGCAGGUGAAGGCUUAAGAGCGCGGGGAUUCGACCUAGACAGCAAGGUCCAAGUCUUUGAGACGGCAAUACGUGGACUAGGUGGCCUGCUGAGCGCCCACCUGUUCGCCGUCGGCGAUCUGCCCAUCAAAGGCUACCAUCCUCCUCAGGAACAGCUUGCCUACGCACAAGCAUGGCACAAGGAUCAAUAUCAUGGCAAGAAGCAAGGCAUUCUCUGGCCCAAUGCGUUUGAAUAUGACGGCCAACUUCUGAGACUGGCACAUGAUUUGGGCAGUCGCUUGCUCCCCGCUUUUUGGUCUUCAACUGGCAUUCCAUAUCCCAGAGUAAAUCUCCGGCACGGAAUACCCUUCUAUGUCAACUCCCCUCUAAAUGUGGGCAACGAGGAUGGAAAAUGCCCAGCCCCUUCUGGAGCGCACGAGAUCACAGAAACGUGCAGCGCCGGCGCCGGAAGUCUCGUCCUCGAGUUUACUGUCCUCAGCCGCCUCACUGGAGAUCCACGCUUUGAGGAGCUGGCUAAGAGGGCUUUCUGGGCUAUCUGGCAGAGACGAAGCAGCAUCGAUCUCAUUGGUGGCGGCAUUGACGCGGAAAGUGGGAACUGGAUUGGUACAUGGACGGGCAUCGGUGCUGGCAUCGAUAGCUUUUUCGAGUAUGCCCUCAAAUCGCACAUCCUGUUGUCACGCGAAGCCCAUCCCAUAUAUGAUCGUGUUGACGAGGCCGGUGACCCUCGGCUGCUACAUGAUCCUAUCUCACCAGAAGCUGAGACUCCCCAGGCCUUUCUUAACGCUUGGAACACCGCUCAUUCUGCGAUCAAGAGGCAUCUCUACAGGGAUACCACUUACCAGCAUCCGCACUAUAUACAAGCUGACCUGGUCACUGGGGCCGCGAGAGGGUUCUGGCUUGACGCUCUGAGCGCAUACUACCCCGGACUUUUGACCCUGGCUGGUGAAGUUGAGGAAGCCAUUGAGACGCAUCUCCUGCAAACAGCCCUUUGGACAAGGUUUUCAGCUCUCCCUGAACGCUGGAAUCUCGUAACCGGCGGGAUCGAGGGUGGUCUCGGUUGGUGGGUGGGUCGUCCAGAGUUCAUUGAGUCUACCUACUACCUCUAUCGUGUUACCCAGGAUCCAUGGUAUUUCCACGUCGGUGAAAUGGUGCUCCGAGACAUCAAGCGGAGAUGUUGGACCAGGUGUGGCUGGGCUAGCAUUCAAAAUGUGCUGACAGGGGAACAAACGGACAGAAUGGAAAGCUUCUUUCUCGGGGAAACAGCGAAGUAUCUGUUUCUGCUCUUCGAUCCGGCUCAUCCCCUAAAUCACCUCGAUGAGCCGUUCGUGUUCACAACCGAAGGGCACCCUCUGGUCAUCCCACGAAGUGUUGGUCACGAUAGCCGUCAAGAAUCUGUCCGGCGCCCUAGGCAGGAAGAAGAGUCGUUCUGCCCUGUCGGAUCGCCGCCUUUGCCUUUUACUCUCUCCAACGUUGCUGCAAGAGGCGACGUGUACCACGCAGCCAACCUAGCGCGACUGCAUCUGAUGCCACAUCGCGACAACAUCGAGUCUGUGCUUGGAGAAUACGCAGCGGAUCACCCGAGCAUAACAUUAUCGGACAUCAGCUCUCCUUCGAACUAUACGUACUACCCGUGGACGUUACCACCGCAACUCGUCCGGUGGAAUGCGACCAGCUCAGUUAUACCAACGAGACCAACGCUAGACAUUUCUUUCCCAGCGAUGCCAGCACCGGGAGUUAAUGCCCCACCUUUACAACGCGUCAAAGACGGCAUCCUAAUAAACGCCAUUGGUGGCCUACGCCUAGGUUUGGUACAAGACGCACCAUGGCUAUCUGAGGACGGAUUCCACGAUGCAUGGCGUAUUCAGACCAUCAACAAUAUCCCGCUUGGAAAGGACGAGAAGAUCUACUUGGGCCGUGAGACGGGUCAGGACGUACUCAGUCCCGCAGACCCGAACUUCACAAGGCUCAAAGAUCACGUCAUGCUAGACCUGGUAGUCGAUCUGAACAGCCCCAUCGAAGAGCCCGACACACCCGCUGAGGUUGACCCAGCACAAGACGACCACGACCAGGCUGGACUCAUCAUCGAGGUCCCCGUCCUCAGUGACGCAUCGAAUGACAACGCCAUGAGAGCGGCGUGGAAUGCCAUCGUAUCUCAAAUCUCCAGUCUCAUCAAGGACAGUCGGCCCGCUUCUACAUGGCCGUUUCCCACCCCCUUGUCACUCACUGUCCCCACGAAACGCGCCGUCACCUCUUCGUCCUCGACCUCGACCUCACCUCCUGACCACAGCCAGGGUCAACCGCGCUACCACCUCUCCGCCGUGACAGCCACCGGGCCAGGUGCCGCCCCACUCCCUUCUUGGCCCGAAGUCCCCAACUUCGUGCCGCUAAACAGCGCAUCUCCUCCGUCCCUCCCGUGGACGAAGAUCUACGCCACCGACGAGCUCUGCGACCACAAGAUCCCCCUAUCCGUGGUCAGGACGCAUCAAGUCCUGGUGCUGAAGCGCGGGGGAUGCGACUGGUCGGACAAGUUGCAGAACAUCCCGGCGUUCACGCCCGCGAGCGGCGCCCUACAGGUCGUCGUGGUAGUCAAUUACGGACAUAGUCGGGGGCAGGAGGAUGAGGGGGACGACGGCGACGAAGCGGACCUCGUGCGUCCGUACCUGCCCCGCCAGCAGACCACGCCCGCGGGACUCGUUCGGCGGAAUCCGAUCCCGAUGGUCCUGGUGGGUGGUGGGGACAAGGUCUACGAUGCGUUGAAGGAGAGGGCCGUCGGCGUGGGGAUCAAGAGACGGUACCACGUCGAGACCAAGGCGGUGAGGAUCGCGAACCUGGUGAUAGUGUAG